CCUUGUUUAUUUCUGCGUUUUUCUGCACGCACACGUUUAUUUUGUUAUUAAUUAUUAAACAUGGCCAAAAACAACAAAAAGAAGCUGUUUGCCCAGCGCCUUGUCUGCUCCCGAAUGAACUUUCUGUACCAGGCGGCCCACCUCAUGGCGGAGGGCAGCCACAACACCCUUGGCGCCUACUACGGGAAGCUCUGCCGGAAUGUGGGCACCAAAUCCAUGAUGCACAUGGCUCCAGCGAUGAAGCGUGCGCUGUGCAAGCGCUGCUCCCUGCCCCUCAUUCCCGGAGUGAAUACGAGUCUGACUGUGCCGCAGGCGAAGGAGCAAAGAGCAGAGCCAAAGGCGGGCAAGAAGAAGCGCCAUCGCCGCCAACGCAGCAAGAAGAGAGCGGUGGAAAAGACUGAAUCACAGCCAAAAGAAAGCACCGUGGACGAGCAUACGCCGCUGCAGCUGGAGUGCCCGCUCUGCCAGGGCCGUCGCAGCUUUGUUGUGGACAGCCAACGCGAGUGCUGGCUCGAGCAGCCGCAGGCCCUGGUCGAAGUGCUCGACAUAGAAGCGGAAGAGGAGGAGGGACGGCAGACGAAGGCACCGCCAAGCGCACAGCCAUGCGUACAGCCCAGCCACAGUGAUAAGAGCAGCCAACUUAUCGCCAGCGUAUCGGCUGUUGAACCCUCUGGAGCUCGAUAG